AUGGCGCGCACAUACCGGAUUCUCCAUCGCCCAUGGAGAGCUAGGCGGCCUCUGUACUUCGUCAUGAUUCCCGAGCUGACCGGCAUCAUCACCCUGCUGGUCCUCUUCGGCGUCCAGCAGCCCGACGCUUUCCGCUCGCUCUUCUGGCGCAUUGGGUAUGAGAACAAGUUGAACUCAAACCCCAACAUGAUUCUCUACGCAUACGCCAACUACCAGGAAGUGCCGGCCGUCCCUUUUGUCUGGUCACGAAUGUUAACCGACUACAAUGUCGCCAUCUCCAUCAUCUCCCUCUUCGUCCUCCUGGCCAAAAUGAUUGCCACCAUCAUGAAGGUCUUCUAUCCCAUCUUCGGCACCUUCAUCAGCAUCGCCCUCACGGCCCUCUACGCCGUGAGCGUCUACGGCCAAGCCGGGCCCGACUACGCCGACCCGCGAUACCCAAGCCCGACCCCCUGGCAUCUCCGGGUGGGGUGCAGUCUCGCGGAGCCGUACGGGGUCACCAAGACCUGUCGCAUGGUUCAAGGGACACUCGGUGUGACGGUGUAUAUGCUCGCCGUCUACCUCUACCAGACCGGUUUUGCCAUCUGGGCGAUGCUUCCCAACAAGGAGCUCGACAUGUAUGACUCGGACGAUGAGGAUGCCGAGGAAUACGGCCGCCACCCUGCGAAGAACAAGGGCGUCUCGGUCCAGAUGCAGCCCACGCCGCCGCCCGAUCAGGCGCCGUUUACCCCGCGGACACAGGCGUUCCACACGUUAGAAAGGAAACUGCCGCUUCGGUACUCUUAA